GAGGGGUUUAAAACUUCAUUUAUGUAUAGGGGUGGAGUUUGAUGCUUCAUUGACAUUCGGAGGCGGGGUUUAGGGCUUCGUUUACAUAAAAGGGAAGAGAUUAAUGCUUAUUUUACAUAAAAGGGGGUUGUGUUGUUCAAAGUUUGCAUGUAGUGGGCGCGGUCAAGUGGCGCUGCCUAUAUAAAGGCGGCGCGGGCAGUUUUUCUUUUCCCGUACCCUCUCCGAUCUGCUGGCGAAAUACGGAAUUUGGGGGUCCGGGGGGUGAGAGUCAAAACUCUUAGAGCUGCCCUCUUUGGCGGUCUGGUGCUCGAAGGUCCCAGCAAAACCCCCGCUGCCGCGACAGCCCCUGAGGCUUCUAGACAUCCCCCCGUCCUGCAUCUCCAGACCUGCUCUGAGCCCACCAUGAAGGCCAUCAGCCCGGUGCGCUCCGUCCGGAGCUGCUACGAGGCCGUUUGCUGCCUCUCGGAGCAGAGUUUAGCCAUCGCCCGGGGCAGCCACAACAAGAGCCCGGCCUUGGAAGAGCCCAUGAACUUGCUCUACGAUAUGAACGACUGCUAUUCCAAAUUGCGGGAGCUGGUGCCGGGCAUCCCUCAAGGCACCAAGGUGAGCCAGGUGGAGAUCCUGCAGCACGUCAUAGAUUACAUCUUCGACCUCCAGAUUGUGCUGGAGGAGGGGUCCAAGGGCCGCGACCCCUCCUCCGAGGCCACCCUACUUUCCCUUAAGGCGGCUGAACUCGCAUCAGAACUCCGAGACGAGAGAAGUUUGUGUCACUAACGCCCACCUCCACUAGCAAACAGGCAGCGAGUGUCGGUUCCUGGUUCGUUAUCAGCCGGAGGUAAAUAGCAGUUUCCUCCUUGGCGCCGGGCUGUCUGCGACCUACCGGGCCCCGCCAUCGCCUCGCCCAGGCACCGCGAGUGGGGAGCGGCUAGUUCCGACCCCCCCCCCCCCCAGCCUUCCACCGCCAGCAUCCCACCCACGGAGCUCAGCAUCCCAGCUUGGGACCCGAAUUCACAUGAGUUUUUUUUAAUGAUAGAGUGAUGAUGAAGCGGAGGUUGUCUGUAUAUUUUUGGAUUAUAGCAGCAAGUCCUUUUUUUUUAAAGAUGUUUAAUGGGAUGGCGGGGUGGGGAUUAGGGGGCUUUGGGGAGGGGGGGAUAAACAUCCUUGAGUGUGAACUAAACUCUGGGGCUGUGGCCUCGUGUAUUGUGGAGCUCUAUACUAGAGUAUAACUUUUUGUACCUUUUGUGCAGGAAGGUGAUUUUCUGCGAAUAUGCCUUGUACUUGCUUUAUAAACUUUUUAUAAAAGUUAACAUUUUUGCAUAAUAAAACUAGAUAAUUUUGA